GUCCUGGGCGGCUGCAGCCAGGUGCGCCACGGCCCCACGAUGCGCGGGUGGCUGCUGCUGGCGCUGUGCGCGCUGCUCCCCGGGGCGGCGGCGGGGGGCUCGGGAGGGCUCUACCCGCACCGCACGAUGCUCGACGCCGAGGGCGCCUACUGGCUGGGCUGGGGCCCGCGGGGCGGACGCCUAGGCUUCCGCCUCGAGGUGCGCACGGCGGGCUACGUGGGCUUCGGCUUCUCGCCCGCGGGGACCAUGGCCGCGGCCGACAUCGUCGUGGGCGGAGUGGCCCACGGGCGGCCCUACCUCCAGGACUAUUUUACAAAUGAAAAUAAAGAGUUGAAAAAAGACACUCAGCAAGAUUACCACCUAGAAUAUGCCAUGGAAAAUGAUACGCAUACAAUAAUUGAAUUUACCAGAGAACUGCAUACAUGUGACGUAAAUGACAAGAGCAUAACGGAUAGCACUGUGAGAGUAAUCUGGGCCUAUCACCAUGAAGAUGUGGGAGACUCCGGUCCCAAGUACCACGAGGCCAACCGGGGCACGAAGAGUCUGCGACUACUCAAUCCUGAGAAAACCAAUGUGCUGCCAACAGCCUUACCAUAUUUUGACCUAGUAAAUCAUGACGUCCCCAUCCCAAACAAAGAUACAACAUAUUGGUGCCAAAUGUUUAAGAUUCCUGCAUUCCAGGAAAAGCAUCAUGUAAUAAAGGUUGAGCCAGUGAUACACAGAGGCCACGAGAGUCUGGUGCACCACAUCAUGCUCUAUCAGUGCAGCAGCAAUUUCAAUGACAGAGUCCUGGACUACGGCCAUGAGUGCUACCACCCGAACAUGCCCGAUGCCUUCCUCACCUGUGAGACUGUAGUCUUCGCCUGGGCCAUUGGUGGAGAGGGUUUUUCCUACCCACCUCAUGUUGGGUUAUCCCUUGGCACUCCGUUAGACCCUCAAUAUGUGCUUCUAGAAGUCCAUUAUGAUAAUCCAACAUAUAAGCAAGGCUUAAUAGAUAGUUCUGGACUAAGGCUAUACCAUACCAUGGAUUUGAGGCGGUACGAUGCCGGGAUGAUCCAAGCUGGCCUCUGGGUGAGCCUGUUCCACACCAUCCCUCCAGGGAUGCCCGAGUUCUGGUCUGAGGGUCACUGCACCCUGGAAUGCCUGCAAGAGGCUCUGGAGGCUGAGAAGCCAAGUGGAAUCCAGGUGUUUGCAGUUCUUCUCCACACUCACCUCGCUGGCAGAGGCAUCAGGCUGCGGCAUUUUCGCAAAGGGAAGGAAAUGAAGUUACUUGCUUAUGAUGAUGAUUUUGACUUCAAUUUCCAAGAGUUUCAGUAUCUAAAGGAAGAACAGACAAUCUUGCCAGGAGAUAACCUCAUUACUGAAUGUCGUUACAAUACCAAGGAUAGAGUCGGCAUGACAUGGGGAGGACUAAGCACCAGGAAUGAAAUGUGUCUCUCCCACCUGCUUUAUUACCCCAGGAUUAAUCUCACCCGUUGUGCAAGUAUUCCAGACAUCAUGGAACAACUUCAGUUCAUUGGCGUAAAGGAGAUUUAUAGACCAGUCACGACGUGGCCUUUCAUUAUCAAAAGCCCUAAGCAGUAUAAAAACCUUUCUUUCAUGGAUGCAAUGAAUAAGUUUAAAUGGACUAGAAAGGAAGGCCUCUCCUUCAACAAGCUUGUCCUGAGACUGCCGGUGAACGUGAGAUGUUCCAAGAUAGACAAUGCAGAAUGGUCGAUCCAAGGAAUGAUAGCCUCGCCUCCGGAUGUGGAAAGGCCAUACAGAGCAGAGCCCGUGGUGUGCAGAAAGCCUUCUUCCUCUGCUCCACACAGAGAUCUCUCUCCCCAGCUGCUCCUGUGUUUUCUGCUGCUCAGCAGCACACUGGGCCCCACAUGCUUGUGAUCGCAAUUCUGUUGCACUUGGUGACCAUAUUUCUGUGAUCUGAACCUGUGUUUCAAGUACAGAUCAAAGACUGUGUCCGCUUUGGGUCUGAAGAGCAUGCAAGACGUGGUUUUCUACACUGCUUUCCUCCCCUCUCCUUCCUUCCCACUCUUCCUGACAGACGUCAGGCUGCUCGUUCUGGUGACUAGCUCAAGGACCCCCUUCUUCGGUGUUUUUAGUGAUACCCACUCUCUCCUCCUCAAUUAUCUGAGUCUGUAACCUGGAUCACCAUACCCACUGUGAAGUACUCUUAUACCUCCUGUGCUCAGUACUGGGCAGAUAGGUCUUUUCUUAAGCUCUGUCACUAUCUAAAAAGAAAGGUUGUGAGAAACAUGGAAAUGCCAGUCACUGAUUGGAGAGAGGAGAAAGUGUCACUGCUCAGUCCUCGCUGAGUCCAGACCAAGGCAGAUGGUAGGGCCCAGCCAGGAAGGUGGGAAGCCAGCAUCUCCUGACCGACCUCCACUGGGUUUUCACACCUGCUGUGGACCGGCCCACUUGGAGUCCUAGUUCCUAUUGCAGAUUUAUUUUUCUAUUAGCUAGUAAAAUAACUUUAUUGCCAUCCAUUGAAACUUUUGUCAUUCUUUUGGUUCUCUUUGUAGAGUUCAGCCACGUCUUGCUUUAUAUCCUAUCCUCAUUUCUUAAGCCAAAUCUAUUUGGGUCAUAUUAGUAAACUAAACACAAUUUAAUUUUUGUCUAGUAUCUUAUGUACUCCGUAAAGAAGUGACCAGUUGCAUGCUGAUGUUGUCAAUAAAAGAAUAUUGCAUUUUCUAUUCCUCCUUUAAGCCCUUUCUGUCCCCAAACAGUGUCUUCAAUAUAAACUGUAUUGUCUUUCAAUAAAUAUUAUGUUCUGGAGUGCUCCUU